CAAACUCCACUUUGCUUGUCCCGCCAAUGGAAGCACAUAGAAAAUCGAAAUUCUAAGAUAUCAACACUCGUUCAGAUUUUCUCUCGAGACAAAACCCCUUUUUUGUCGUUCGUGUCUUUACUCCUCAGCUUCGGAGCUCUUAAAGCUACUUCAAUGGCUAUAUCGCAAGCUUCCGUUUCGAAACCCAUCUCGUCGCCUAACAAGGAGAAGAAGAAGGAUAAGGAGGAGAAUCCUAAUCUUAAUCUUAAUCUUAAUCUUAAUCUUAAUCAAUCUCAUGCAGAAUCAGAUGCUGGACAGAGCCAACAAGAGGCACCACCAUUGCCUUCUCAAUCUCCUUGUUCUUCGCCGUCAAAGCGCAGAAAAUGUCCUGGAAUUCGAGUUAUCGGGGGCCGAAUCUACGAUUCCGAGAAUGGAAAGAGUUGUCAUCAGUGCCGGCAAAAAACUAUGGAUUUUUCGUCGGCUUGUAAGAAUCUGAAGAAUGGCAAGCUUUGCACCAUUAAGUUCUGCCACAAGUGUCUCCUGAACAGAUACGGUGAGAAGGCUGAGGAGACGGCGGUGUCGGAUGACUGGAAAUGUCCCAAGUGUAGAGGCAUCUGUAACUGUAGUUUUUGCAUGAAGAAAAGAGGUCAUAUGCCUACUGGUAUACUGGUACACACUGCCAAGAAAACUGGGUUUUCCAAUGUUUCGGAAAUGCUCCAUGUCACAGGCCCUGAAAUUUUGGGCUUGGAGCGAACUUUUAAACAUGAAGGUGCUUCUCCAAAUAAGAAAACUUAUAAAGAUGUGGGUGCUUGUCCAAAUGAGCAGACUGUUUCAAGCAAGGAGUCUGUGGCCACUCCAACAAGAAAGCUCAGAAAGGAAAACUCUUUUGAUGCUAAAGAUGAUUCAAACCUGCAACCUAUGGCUGCAACGUUGGAUGGUGAAGGCAACAAGGUAGAAGAAAAAAAGCGGAAGAGGUUAAGCCAGAAGGACAACACUGGUGAAGGAAGCACUAGUGUUGUUUCUCCAAAUCAGAAGACCGCAUCAAACAAGGAGCCUGUGGCAGUUCCAACAAGAAAAUGUGGCAAGAACAACUUUUCUAAUGGAAAAAAUGAUUCAAAUUUGUGCCCCAUGCCUUCAACCUUGGAUGGUGAGGUUAACAUAGCAAGAGGAAGCAUGCGGAAGAAGUUGAGACAAAAGGACAAUGCUGGUGAAGGCAGCGCUAGUGGUAAUGCUUUAUUGAAAAAGAAGAGCUCUAAGGUGUCUCGGAUUUCUGAGGAAAACUCUAUGAAGCCAAUAAAAAACGAAGAGAAUAGAAGUGGAAGUAAUGAUGAACCCCCAAACGAGGUGACUUCUGAGUUGCAGAUUCCUGAGAAGACCUCUCGGGCUCAGAGAAAGAAAGCAGGGAAAAAAGAUGAAAGGGAUAGCUUGUUACCAGCUUACAAUGAGAUAGGGGUUCCAUAUAGGAAUAUGGAUAAUGCCACAACCAAGCCCAAGCGGGUGAUCAAAACUCAAAAUGUUGCGAAGAAUGCCACGACAACCCAUAAUUCUGAUGUUGAUAUCCAGUUGCCUCAGGGUGCUGAUCUAACAACUGUAGCAGGAAUUGAUUUAGAUGCUGAGGAUGUUGGACAUGCUUUGCAAUUCCUAGAAUUCUGUGCUGCUUUUGGGAAGGUUCUUAAUUUGAAGAAAGGACAGCCUGAAUCAAUUCUUCGGGAAUUGCUUUGUGGUCGCAGAGAGCGUUGCAGUGAGCGUAUAAUUGAUAGAACACAGUAUUCUUCAAAUGUUUGGUUUCACACUUUGCUAUUGGAUUUGAUACAGAAGGACUUGGGAAAAGAAUCUCAUCUGUUAAGUGCAACCAGCAGCAGGGAUUCAUGGUUGAAAGCUCUUGGAGAAUGCAUAUCUGACUCCCGUUGUGCUUUAAAGGAUUUUCCGGCUAACUGUUUUGCUAGGGGUAGGGACAGCUAUGAUAAUCUGGUCUCCUCACAAAAGUUAAGAGUCCUGAAUUUUCUGUGUGAUGAAACUCUUGGCACUAUAAAAUUGAGGAAUUGGAUUGAUGAACAAAAUUCAAAAUUUGUUGAAAGAGAGAAGGAAGCAAAAGAAAAGGUUCUUUCUGCAAAAGAUAAGGAGAAAUGUUUGAAGCGGAAGCUACAGGAUGAGGUGGCCAAGGCCAUCCUGUUAAUAAAUGGUACUCCUCUUUCCAUAUCUGAGCACACGGAUUUGGUGUCAAAAAUUAAAGUUGAAGCAGCUAAAGCUCAUGCAGAGACACGAGAAGCAAUGGGCAUGGUACCUAAGAAGAAACAAAGAUCAGAUGCUAUUAGGACAGAGCCAGUUCUUUUGGAUGGAGAUGGUUGUGUGUAUUGGAAAUUGAGAGGCUAUUCUCGUGAACCAAAUCUGUUGCUUCAAGAUAUUGGGAACUGGGAUUCUGUUGGACCUCAAGAGAAGUGGUAUAGUUAUGAUGUUGAACAAACAGAAAUGGUUGAGAAAUAUAUUUCUUCUUUAAGAACUAAAAGGCUCAGGACAGUUGCAGUUCCUGACACGCUUCAAGCGGGGAGUCGUGAAGGAAGUCUAAAGCAUGAGUCUCCAGAUGAUUCAUCAUCUCCAUCUUCUCCAACAAUGAUGGUUGCAGACAGUGAAGAUGAUCAGGAAAGUUAGCUACUGUUGUGCUUGAUUCAUUGCCCGUCCAUUUUGUAUUUACAAAUGUGUACAUGUUCAUACCUGUUACUAAGUUGGACGACUCAAAGUUCAAGAUGAUGUUGCCUUUUUUGAGUGUGGAUUUUAAACGCCAUUCCAAUUAGUGCCCUCAAUCUUUGGUUUCUCUUGUUCAGAUGUGUAAUGUUCUAAUUCAAAAAUGCCUCCAUAAGCAGCAACAUAUUAUUUAGGCUUUUGUUAGCAUUA